GGUUUAUGUUUUACGUUUGCCUGAUUUCGAUUAAAAUAAUAAAUUAAUUCAGCAAAAGGGUGAUCUUGCUGAUAAAUAACAGUAUUCCAGAUUACAUAAAUAGAAACUAUAAAAAUGUCUAGACAAACGUCCCGUCUCGAUGCCAAGAAAGUCAAUUCUGAGCUUCUGACGCUAACUUAUGGAGCUCUAGUGUCUCAAAUGCUGAAAGAGACUGAAAAUCCUGAAGAUGUGAACAAGCAAUUGGAACGCAUAGGAUAUAACAUGGGCGUAAGACUAAUCGAAGAUUUCCUGGCCAGGACAACGUCGACACGAUGCCUGGAGAUGAGGGAGACCGCUGAUAAGAUACAGCAGGCCUUCAGGUUAUACCUAAAUAUGCAGCCCACGGUGACAAGCUGGAGUAGUUCUGGAGAUGAGUUCUCGCUAGUCUGGGACCAGUGUGCCCUGAGCGAUUGGGUGGAGAUGCCCAACAAUGGGUUGCGGUACUGCGCCCUGAUUCCCGGAGCUAUCCGUGGAGCUCUGCAGAUGGUACAGCUUGAAGUACAGUGCUGGUUUGUGCAGGAUCAACUCAAAGGAGAUGCUGUAACUGAAUUACGAGUAAAAUAUAUCAAGAGGUUAGAAGACGCUGUGCCCGCUGGUGAAGACUAGUCAUUUAAUUCUAUUGUAUAACUUUAUUUUAUUCUCAUUAUAAGUCUACAAGCAAAAUAUUAUUUUAUUCCAACAAACUCAAUUCACAGAUGUUUGUGAUGAUUUUGAAUUCCAUUCCGUUGAAAUAAGAAUAGUGUUUGUAGUUCAAUUAUGUUUGCAAAUACCAACUAUUAACCUGCAGCUAUUUACCUUAAUGUCAAUGCUGUAGAAGCCAAAAUUGUUUGAAUUGUAAAUAAGGUUUAUAAAACUUUAUUACUUUAUUGUUAUUGAGUUUAUGAGCGUAAAAUUCAUUUGUAUUUUUGUUAUCAAGUUUCUCACUAGAUGGCGCUAAGGAAAAAUUAAAGCUUAUUAGCCAUUAGCUGCUAUUAAAAGGC